AUGAUUAGUCAGCCUUCGGAGAGUCCCAGAGGGGGCCAAGAUACCCGGAGGCCCGACAGCAGCAGCGUGAGCAGCAGCAGCUUGAGCAAUAGCAGCGGGAGCAGCAGCAGCAGCAGCAGUAGCAGCAGCAGCAGCAGCAGCAGCACAAACGGAAACAGCAGUGGCAAUAGCACCAUACGGAAGCGACACGCUUCCCCACAAUGCGCCGACCCGACAGCCCCUGCUGCGGGUGGGGUGAGUGCGCCUGUGUCUUUCCGCAGCAGCGGGAGCAACGGCAGCAGCAGCAACAACAGCAGCAGCAACAACAGCAGCAGCAGGAGUGCUAGCAACAGUGGUGGUGUGGGGGCUCGUACAGGGAGCGGUAUCUGGGGCUGCGUUCGCAGCGGUUUAUUUCCUUUGGGUUUUUCCUUUCUUACAUCGCUGAAGGGGCAGACAACUGAGGCGCCUUGGGGCCCCCAUGGGGCCCCCCAAGAGGCGUGGAGGUCUUCUUAUGCGUGUAUAGCAGCAGCAGCUGGAAAGCUGCGUCGGCGUUUGAGUGUGUUGCUGCAGCUGCCGCUGCUGGUGCUGCUGCACCUGUGCCCCGUGGUGGGGCGCCUCGCAGAGUGGGUGUUUCACUUGAGUUCAGUGGGGGCCCCCGGCCUGCUGUACCCUUUUUGUUGUUUGUUUGUAGGUGUAGGGACCCCAUUUAUUUCUCUCACAGCUCUUUGUCUUUGGCUGCUAGAUCUCCUUGAUGCUGCACUCGUGCUGCCGCAGGCAGCAGCAGCAGAAUUUGCUUCUCUUGGGGGGGCCCCCCCGGCUAUACCCAUACUAGACCAUUUCAGCCUCUUCCCUGUGUGGUGUGAAUCCUUCACAUGUGGGGCCUUCAGCAGCAGCAGCAGCAGCAGCAGCGGUAGCAGCGGCAGUAGCAGGAUCCCUGGGGCCCCAGCCGAGGGGCCCUAUGGUGGUGUAGACCUAUGGGGCCUCUGCCUGCCGCUUGGGGGGGGCCCCUCCCCCUGGAGGACCCCUGAAAACAGGGGCCCCCUGUGGAACGGAGGGUCUAGAGCAGCGUUUCAUCUCAGCGUAUAUUGCCGCAUCAUCGUUGACAUCCCCCUGCUGACGCUGGCGCUACACCUCGCACGGUGGCUGCAUGCACAGGGAGAGAUAUUUGGGGCCCCCCUCAGCAUACAAGAGGCACAUGGGGGCCCCCAAGGCCCCUGGGGGACGAUGGGGGCUGCUGCUGCUGUAGAUGCUGCUGCAGAUGCUGGUGGUGCAGCAGCAGCAGCAGCAGCAGGCAAUUCCAGCGCCGCCGGCGCACCGAGCACUGCCAGCAUAAACAGAAGCAACAGUAGCGGCGGCAGCAGCAACAGCAGCAGCAGCAGCAACAGCAGCAGCAGCAGUGGCGACGGCGGCAGCAGCAGCACACCUCUUCCGUCGCCUACCAGUGACUCUCAGGAGCAGGGCCCCGGGAGAGAGGCUGCUGGGGGCCCCUCUGCUGCUGCAUUUGGGUCUUGGGCUGUAUCUGUGGCGUCGCGGUGGAUGGGGUACAGUGUACAGCUGCUGCAGCGAUGCCUGCAGUUUCCUCCGUGUUUGUUUUUUCGUUCUCCUUCACGAAGGUUGUACUUCUCUGCUUUUUCUUAUAUGCUGGUUCGUUGGCUGUAUACUGAUCGUCUUGAUCUGCUGCUGGGGGCCCCCCCUUCGGCUGUAGUGGGGCCCCUAGCGAAGGGGCCCCCAGAGGGUCAGGCUCUGCUGAUGGGGCUGUCUCUUGGCUGUGCUGUUUGUCUCGUUGCUUCCUUUCUCUUUCUCUCUCUCUUGAAAGCUGUCAACCUCUUGCCGGCGAGUCUUCUACACCACAUCCGCGUCCUCAGCUGCACGCACUUGCUGCUGCAGGGCAGCAGCAGCAACAGCAAGACACUGGGUGGCCCUCAGCAGCAGCACACCACCACCCUCGCUCGCCCAGAAGGACAGACUACGCCAUCAUCUGUACACUCUAAAGAAGUAGAGGCUUGCAUAUUCUGCUUCGAUGACAUGAAGCCUGGGGAACUUCUUCGGGUUGUCACUGCUUGCGGCCACAAGUUUCACGCUGUCUGUCUUGACGUUUGGCUGUUUGAUCGACUGAAGGCAUCUUGUCCAAUGUGUGGCCCCUUUCGCUACCCCAGUGGGGGGGGGAGCCCCCGUGCGGCCUAA